AUGAAGACACUGCCAUCUUUGAACGAUACAAUUAUUGUUGAUUCUGAAAGUGAAGAACUUAUUGUGGUAAGCAGUAGUAUUAGUGAAGAUUCAGAUAAUGAAAUUCUUAGUCAACCAUUCAGACCUGUUGAUGCAUAUGAUUUUUCAAUUAGAGAUCAACCAUCUACUUCUACAGGAAUACGUAAUUCCUUAGAUCGACCUACUAAUAGAUAUAAUCUUAGACGAAGGAGAUUAUUUUCAUCUCCACUAGCUGAUACAGCUGGAUGUCCUGUGCACUUAUCUCGAAUUGGAUCUUCAUCUAGUUCAAGACGAAGAAGAUUUACAAUAGAAUCCUCAUCAUCUGAUGAUGAAGCAACUAUUACUCAUCAGCCACAAGCAUUGCCCAUGAGAGCUGAUAUAGUGUAUGGAAAAAGGAAAAAGAAGGUAAAAAAGAGCAAACAGAAUAAGAAAAAGAAAAAUAUGGAUACUCCAUCUGAUGUACGUUUAAGGAGUAGAAGUCGAUCAUAUUCAGGUUCAUCAUCUUCUUCGGGUGAUACAGAUCAUAGAGGUCAUAUUUCUGUUCAGCCAUCAAAUGAUUUGUAGCUCAAUCAAAAUCCAAUUGAAAAUUUUUUUUUUUUUUUUAAUAAUCUGAUUUAUUGUUAAACUACUGUUCAGUAAAAAUGUAUUUUAUAAUUAAUAGUUAUUUGUCUUAAUUUUAAAUUGUAUAUGAUUAUAUUUAUUUAAAGUAUUUAACUUAUGAUUAAAUUGUAUAUAAAAUUCAAACUAAUAUAUUGACAUUAUUUAUCUUAUAGAUCUAAUUUCUCCUAUUUUUUUAAUAAAAAAAAGUG